AAAAAGAAAUCGAAUAUUGUAGUCGAAUUUUAUAUUCUUUCAUUUUUUUUUAUUUUUAACUUCUAUAAUUUUUCUUCUUUUGUAUCAUUCUCCCUAUCGUGCUAUCAGCCGAUUUCUAGUCCAGUAAGGUUAUGUACACAGUAUCGUUUGUCGUUUACUGCGCUCUUUGAAAUUUCUCUUUCUACGUGAAGAAGUGCAAUGCAUUUUUAUUUACAUCAAAUUUUUUGGAUAUAUGGACAAAAACUUUAAAGGAAAAUUAAGAAUAAAGAGAUUGCCAAAAAUUGCCGGUUCCAAUAAACUAAAAGAAAACUUGGUUCUUUUGCCUAUACAUUUAUUAUUAGCAAAAAAUGGCAAUGCGUCAAGUUCUUCGAAAAUUAUGGAAAAAUAUUAAUCCCGCAAUGUACACAUCAGGUAUGUUAUUUGCACAUUGCACCUCAUUUGACAAGCCUAGUGAAAACGACAAAUUAAAUUUGGAAUUACCGGAUAUAAAGAAGUUAACUCACGAGUAUAUGAUAAAACAAUCCGCAUUGGACACUGUUAAUAGUGCAACCCAGGCUUUAACAAUCACUUAUAUGGCUAUAAUAGAUUUGAGCAAUACAUACAGAACAUUGUUGGACGAGCUUAUUUCUCUUUUGGAAGAGACUGUGACACACAACGUAAAUGACGCACACUGGGAUCUGAUCGUGAAAGUGCGAAACGAGAUGCAAGACAAAAAAGAGAAGAUUACGAGCUUAACCACCUAUAUGGAUUAUGUGCACAAAAUGGCUAUGGCUAGCGCAGAACUAAGUUACAUGUGUGGAAUGGAUAGUUUAACCAGCACACUUCAACAUAGGAUAGAGGAUGCAUUAAACAGAGUUAAAGCAGAAACUAAUAGCAAUACAGAGAUGGAACGAGCAUACUGGCGUAUACAGGAGCGGUGCAUCAAAGAUAGUAAGGAAACAACCGAGAAGCAAUAAACUUUUAUAAAAAAUAGUCUAACAUUCGCAAAAACGACUAACAUCCGUUUUAUUUAAAAAAUUAAAUAAAAAUAAUUGAUAUUGUUAUAUUAUGUAUAUAAUUUUGUAAUAAUAAACAAUUUAUCUCAUCUAC